AUGGGUUCAGUCAUCAAGAACGAGGUUUAUCAGAAUGUUUCUCGUUGGUACAACUUCAUUGCCUCUAACAAGGCAUUUGAAGGUGCAGUGGAAACCAUGACCAAGUCAGUCAAUGAGAUCAGAAAGCUGGCCAAGGCCACCAAGAAUGGUGGAAAGAAGGAGGCUCACAAAGCCAGCUUUGAUAUUGAUCUUCCAAAUGCUCAGGUUGGUAAGGUAGUUACUCGUUUCCCUCCUGAACCUUCGGGGUACUUGCACAUUGGACAUGCCAAAGCUGCUAUUUUGAACGAAUACUUUGCUCAUGCUUACAAGGGUAAGUUAAUCAUUCGGUUCGACGACACCAACCCAACCAAAGAAAAAGUUGAGUUUCAAGACUCUAUCAUUGAAGAUUUGGCACUUUUGGGUAUCAAAGGUGACGUUGUCUCGUACUCGUCUGACUAUUUUCAACAGAUGUACGACUUGGCUCUCCAACUCAUCAAAGACGGCAAUGCUUAUUGCGAUAACACACCUUUGGAAGAAAUGAGAGAGCAAAGAAUGGUCGGAGAACCUUCUGCCAAGAGAGACACCAGUGUCGACGAAAACUUGAGAAUUUUCACUGAGGAAAUGACCAAAGGUACAGAAGAAGGGUUAAAAUACUGUCUUAGAGCCAAGAUCGAUUACAAGGCACCUAACAAGGCCUUGAGAGACCCCGUCAUGUACAGAUGUAAUUUGACUCCUCAUCACAGAACUGGAACCCAAUGGAAAGUUUAUCCUACAUACGACUUCUGUGCUCCAGUGGUCGAUUCCAUCGAGGGUGUCACCCAUGCUUUGAGAACCAACGAAUACAGAGACAGAAAUCCGCAGUACGAAUGGGUGUUGAAGGCUUUGAAUUUGCGUCAUGUCGACAUUUGGGAUUUUGCCAGAACAAACUUUGUCAGAACCUUAUUAUCCAAGAGAAAGUUACAGUGGUUCGUCGACAAGAAGUAUGUUGGUAACUGGGAUGACCCACGUUUUCCUACAGUUCGUGGUGUGAGAAGAAGAGGAAUGACUGUGGAAGGAUUGAGAAACUUUGUCAUUUCCCAAGGUCCUUCAAGAAAUAUCAUCAACUUGGACUGGUCGGUGAUUUGGGCAAUGAACAAGAAAAUCAUUGAUCCUGUUGCACCUAGAUUCACUGCUGUCGAAGCCAAGAAUGCCGUUCCGGUUGAAAUUGAAGGAGCUCCUUCCACGCCUCAAAAGGAACAAAAACCCAAGCACAAGAAGAACCCCGAGGUCGGAACCAAAGACGUCAUUUUGUAUAACAAGGUACUUAUCGACCAGGCCGAUGCAGCUUUAAUCGAAGACAAAGAGGAGGUUACUUUCAUGGAUUGGGGUAAUGUCAUUAUCACCGAAAUUACCAAAGAAGACGGUAUUGUUAAGUCUUUGAAGGGUCAAUUGCACUUGGAGGGUGAUUUCCGUAAAACUUCCAAAAAACUUACUUGGUUGGCCAACACAGAUGAUAAGGUUCCUGUGGAUUUGGUUGACUUUGAUCACUUGAUCACCAAAGACAAACUCGAAGAUGGAGACAACUUUGAGGAUUUCUUGACCCCACAAACCGAAUUCCACACUGAAGCUUUGGCUGACCUUAACAUCAGAAACUUGAAGGAGGGAGAUAUUAUCCAGUUCGAGAGAAAGGGCUACUAUAGAUUGGACAAACCAUAUUCCGAGGGUAGUCCAGCUGUCUUUUAUACCAUUCCCGAUGGUAAGACUGUGUCCAAGUACGGAUCUAAGAAAUAG